AAUCAAAUACCAAACAUCAUUUUAGGUUCUGCAGAAGUUCUUGGCUACUUCUCAGACUCUUGAGACACUGUUUAUCUUAGAUAUAUAGUAAAAGAUGGGUUCUCUCAUGGCAGGUUGGGGUUCACCUUUUUCUGAUCCUGAAUCUGUGAAGUUGCAGAGAAACAGGUCACUAACAAAGGAAGAAAUCGAUGCAUACUGGAGAUCAAAGAGGCAAAAAGAGGAAGAACACCUCAGAGACAUUUCUGGUAGCUUGUCGCCUACGAAAAUGGCGUCUGACGAGGAGAAAACAUUCGGGAGAUCGAGGUCUGGGCCAUUACCUAGUACCAAGGACCGGUUUCUGGACGGAGACGACGACAGUGAAACCAAUCUGGAGAAACUUAUCCAGACACACGGCUGGUGGAUGAGUAGCAACUGGGCACAUCUAAACGAGCCGCCGGUGACGGCGCCGGAAAGGAUUUACAAGUACGUGUCGCAGUUUCAUGUAGCAAACAUGGCUACCUCCGACGCCAACAAUAAUCGUACCGGAAUUAGCGCAUAAGUCCGGUCGGUCAUCUUCCGUUGACGGUUCAAUCGCGCGUGGAGUUUUUUUUUUUUUUUUUGCCCCUAAUAUAUAUAUAGUUUAGUAGUGGGGUUUUUUUCCCCUAAUAUGUAUAUGGGUAUGUGUAUGUGUGUAUAUAUAUCGCUGGCUAUAGACUCCGAUAUGGGUAUGUAUGGACCUUGGAAUCAAGGAUAUAUAUGUAAUAUCAGUAUUGGCUAAUAUAAUGGACUGCUAUUACUAUUUUCCUGUUUAA